CCGUGGGCAGACUCGACCCCCCCCCAGCCAAGCCAACUUUAUGCUGAGCGGCUUCGGCGUUAGCGUUGUCCCCGCCCGAAUGAAAUAAUAUUUAUGCCCUGCUCUCACUCAACCUGCUCGGCUCCCCUCCACCAACCUUGUUGCCUGCCUCUGCCUCUGUCUCUUCCUCUGCCUCUGCCUCUGCCUUUGCCGAAGCAUCCGACGCCUCGUACUACAUCACUGACCUGUUGCGCCUCGUCGUAAGAUACCAUAUUCGCCGAACCCCGCUUGGCUCUACUUCGGCUCAUUUCUGGACCUUGAUACCACCCGAACCGCUACCUGCCCUACGUACCACCACACCAAACCACCACAUACAUUUCACCAUGAACGCAACCAGGGCACUCGCUCGCCAGCCCAUGAUCCGCUUCUUGGGCAAGCGCACCACUCCUUCGCACAUUGAUCACACCCCGCAUGUGCACCCAGCCUCUCACAUGAAGGAGCUUCCCUCGUCAUUCAAGGCCUACCGACAGAAGGCACAGCAGCACGGCCCGCUCAACGCAAACGCUAGCGGCCUUGUUGGUGGUCACAUUGGUGGUGCAGCUGGCAGGAACCUUGGUCCAGUCGAGGCCGGAAAGGGCCUGUACUUUGAUCGCUCCGAGCUGCCUGCCCGUUUCCAAAACCUGUCAUGGACACAGGCCGAGAUGGAGCUGCUCGAGUCUGGUGGUGCCAGCCAGUUUGCGUAGAUGAGCAAGAGAUAACGACGCGAAGAUAAGGCAAUGGUUGAACGAGCUAAGAGGUACUGACGUUUUACGUUUACGCGCUCUAGUGCGGGGCAGAGGAUCAAAACUGGCAACAAGGCACGGCAUGAGAGCUAGACACGAGGUUUCGCGACAGAGGUGAGGGACACGUGGGGCUGCUUUGGUUCGAUACCCAUUAAGAUGGACAUUUCGAGGAUACUGGUAUUUGGGAUACGGCAUGGUUUUUUUCUUUACAAUCUUUUUUUUUCGCGGUUUGCUAGGGACUAUAUUGGAACUGUAUGGGUACUGUAUGGUGACAAGAACGGCAU